AUGACAUCCAAAGAGCUUUCCUUGCAAUACGCUCAAAACUUUGUUGACUUUGUGAACGAUUCACCAACACCGUACCAUGCUGUCAAUUCCGUCAAGGAGCUGUUGAAAAAUGCUGGUUUUGAGGAACUUGUCGAGCGAAACAAUUGGCGUGGAAGAAUUGAAAAGAAUGGAAAAUACUACGUAACUAGGAACGGAUCCUCCAUUAUCGCCUUUACAGUGGGUGGUAAAUACAAGAAUGGGAAUGGAAUUGCCAUUGUUGGGGCUCACACCGACAGUCCAUGUUUGAGGAUCAAGCCAAUUUCCAAAAGAACUUCUGAGGGGUUUAUUACAGUUGGCGUCGAGCAAUAUGGAGGAUUGAUUGCACAUACUUGGUUUGAUAGAGACUUGUCAAUUGCGGGAAGAGUGUACGUCGACGAAGCUGGCAAGUACGUGCCGAAAUUGUUGAAAAUAAAUAAAGCGUUGUUGAGAAUACCUACCUUGGCCAUUCAUUUAAACAGAGAAGCGAAUACCAAAUUUGAAUUCAAUAAGGAAACUAAGCUAGUCCCAAUUGCAGGUCAAGUUGCUUUGGAAAGUUGCUCUGAUGACCCUAAUUUGCAAAUGACUCCCGAGCAAUUCGAGUCAGUGCAAAAUGUUAUCUCGAGACACAAUCAAUCAUUGAUUGAACUCAUUGCUAGAGAGCUACAAGUCAAACCAGAACAAAUUGAGGAUUUCGAACUCCUUUUGUACGACCACCAAAAAUCUGAGAUCGGUGGGUUGAACGACGAAUUCAUAUUUUCAGCAAGAUUGGACAAUUUGACUUCAUGCUUUGCAGCAACAGAAUCUUUGAUUGAGUCUGCAGACGAUUUGGCAAAUCAGAAAGGUAUUCAGUUGAUAAGUUUGUUUGAUCAUGAAGAAAUUGGGUCUCGUAGUCUGCAUGGUGCAGACUCAUCGUUUCUCCCUGACGUAUUACUGCGCUUAACCAAGAUCAACUUUGAAGGAAACUCAGAUGUGGAUUUUUUCCACGAAGUUAUUUCAAAAUCGUUUUUGCUUUCAUCAGAUCAAGCACACGGAGUUCACCCAAACUAUGGGGAGUCGUACGAGUCGCAAAACCGUCCACAAAUUAACUUGGGUCCAGUGAUCAAGAUCAAUGCCAACCAAAGGUAUGCCACAAAUUCACCCGGUGUAGUUUUAUUGAAGAAAGUUGCUGAUAGGGCCAAAGUGCCACUUCAGUUGUUUGUGGUUCGAAACGAUUCACCAUGUGGCUCUACCAUUGGCCCAUUGUUGAGCUCAAAGUUGGGUAUUAGGACUUUAGACUUGGGAAACCCACAAUUGUCUAUGCACUCCAUCAGAGAGACUGGAGGAACCUACGAUAUUAUCAGACUUAACGAUUUAUUCAAAUCAUUUUUUGAAAACUACAUCGAUUUGGAGUCGAGAAUUUUAUGUGACCAUCUUUAG